CGUCGGGGGCUGAGGGCGGGCGGCGUUGAGGCGGCCUGCGGGAGGCCGCCACCUUCCUCCGCGCUUUGCCGCUGCGCCGCGGGGCCGGCCGGCCGGUGGGCUCGCUCGCUCGCUGGCUGGCCGGCCGGGCCCGCCCCUCCCUUCCGACAUGGCGGCCGAGAGCGGCAGGCAGUUCUGGAAGCGGAGCACCAAGCUGCCGGGCAGCAUUCAACCUGUGUAUGGAGCACAGCAUCCUCCUCUGGAUCCCCGUCUCACCAAGAAUUUCAUCAAGGACCGCUCCAAGGCCAGUGCGCUGCCUAUGAAAAGCAAGAAGGCCUCCAGCUUCCAUGAGUUUGCCCGCAAUACCAGUGAUGCCUGGGACAUUGGUGAUGACGAAGAUGAGGACUUCUCUUCUUCCUCUUCCUCUUUCCAGACUCUGAACUCUAAAGUGGCCAAGGCCACGGCAGCACAGGUACUGGAGAACCACAGCAAGCUACGGGCAAAACCCGAGCGGGCCCAGUCUGCUCUUGGCGACAUGCCCACCAACUGCAAGGUAAUCAAGUCCAGCAGUGAGGCCCAGCUCUCUAGGACAUCUGAGGAGGCCUGUGUGAGGACCCCCCUUCAGAAGCAGCAGUCCCUUCCCCUUCGGCCUGUCAUUCCACUUGUUGCCCGAAUCUCAGACCAAAAUGCUUCGGGUGCUCCCCCCAUGACAGUGAGGGAGAAAACCCGCCUGGAGAAGUUUCGGCAGCUCCUUUCCAGCCACAACACAGACCUGGAUGAACUGAGAAAAUGCAGCUGGCCUGGUGUGCCCAGAGAAGUCCGGCCUGUGACUUGGCGUCUCCUCUCAGGUUAUCUCCCGGCAAACAUGGAGCGGCGAAAGCUGACUUUGCAGCGCAAGCGGGAGGAGUACUUUGUUUUCAUCCAUCAGUAUUAUGAUUCCCGGAAUGAGGAGCAUCAUCAAGACACCUACCGACAGAUCCACAUCGAUAUUCCAAGGACCAACCCACUCAUCCCCCUCUUCCAGCAGCCACUGGUCCAGGAGAUCUUUGAAAGAAUCCUGUUUAUCUGGGCCAUUCGACACCCAGCCAGCGGCUAUGUACAGGGAAUCAAUGACCUGGUCACUCCUUUCUUUGUUGUGUUCCUUUCUGAGUAUGUUGAGGAGGAUGUGGAGAACUUUGACGUGAGGAACCUGUCGCAGGAUGUGUUACGGAGCAUUGAAGCCGACAGCUUCUGGUGCAUGAGCAAGCUGCUGGAUGGGAUUCAGGAUAACUACACCUUUGCUCAGCCAGGGAUCCAGAAGAAAGUCAAAGCCCUGGAGGAGCUAGUGAGCCGGAUCGAUGAGCAGGUACAUAAUCACUUUAGGAAGUACGAGGUUGAAUACCUGCAGUUUGCCUUUCGCUGGAUGAACAAUCUGCUGAUGAGGGAGCUGCCUCUUCGCUGCACCAUCCGCCUCUGGGACACCUACCAGUCAGAGCCAGAAGGAUUCUCACAUUUCCACCUGUACGUCUGCGCUGCCUUCUUGAUCAAGUGGCGAAAGGAGAUCCUAGAUGAGGAAGAUUUCCAAGGCCUUCUGAUGUUAUUACAAAACCUGCCCACAAUACACUGGGGUAAUGAAGAGAUUGGACUCCUGCUCGCUGAAGCCUACAGACUCAAGUACAUGUUUGCAGAUGCCCCCAAUCAUUACCGUCGAUAGGUGCCAGGACUCGACUCCCUCCUUUUCCCCAUGUCCAGCCCUUGUCCUGGCCCGAUCUGAUCACUGUGGCAUUUCUGUCAUCCAAGUCCUCGGACACUCUGGCCAGGAGCUGCUCCUCACUGUACAAAGCUCACAUUGACUCUUGUCUUAACUCUUGAACGUGUGCCUGUCUGCCACUCCAUGCGCCUGGAUGUGCCACUCCAGUGACCGUCAGUAUUCCAUGCCAAGCCGGGGGAGAGGCGUGAAAGGGCUGUGAGAGGACGUUGUGGGGGCAGCUUUACAGAUAAACUGAGCCGAGGACGAAGCCCUCCUGUCCUCUCCACCCCUUAUCCUGAGCUGGGACCACUUUGGCUUCGCUGCCUCGUGUUACCCUGUCACCAUGUGCGCUGCCAUAUCCCUUCUCUCUUCUGCCACUGGUCGCUCCAGCUCCCAGAUGAAAAAUGCCUUAUCAGAGACCUGCCUGGCUGGAAAAUCCUUCCCCUGAGGGCAGCAGGGCAAGAAGCUGCUCUCAGGGCCUGGCUUCACUCCGAGGAUCCGGACACCCCAAGCACUUUGUGGGUUCACAAGAGAACCCCUUGCACCUGCUCUGCGUCCUCAUCCUCUUCACCUCCCUCUCCCCCCAGGCAGUGGGGUGAGCAUGGCCAGGGACAGGGGGGGGAACUCCAUCACGUCCAAUGAUGCAUGUCAGCUUCACAGGACUUCCUGUGACUGAGGUGCUGUUGGUACAGCCCCUCUGGCAUGGUGGGAGGCGGGGGGCCUGGAAGGGGAGCAGAGUCUCUCACUCCCUCCUUGCAAAGCCCCUGCUCCUCUGAGACAUUCUGUGUAUAUUGUGUUCUUGUGUAUAUGGGUUAAAGAUGUACAAUAUACGUCUUAUGUUUGCAGCAGA